AAAAAUUACAAAAAUUUGAACAUAAAUUCUAAUAAUCAAACCUUAAUCACAAUACUAGCUACAAAAAAUUCCCAACAAUGUAGUAACAUGCACAAAGUAGCCGUUAAGGAAUUAAAAUCAAAUCACUUUUUUACAUCAUGACAAAAAACAUUCACAUUUAGGAAAACAAUACGAAUUUUUUUCUCUCUUAAACAUUAAAUAAUCACCAAAGAGAAAAGAAAAAAGAGAAAGUAAGAUGUAGGGUCUUGAAGUUACUUGAAGAGGGCACUACUAGAAAACAAAAAGUCCAAAUCAAAAUCCAAAACAGAACAGACCACCCACUUCUUCAACGGCUACAUUUCCAGAUUUGCCCGCUUUUCACCCAAAAUUUGAAUUCAUCUCCCACCUUGAAAACUGAGCCUUUUUUCUCACUCUCUCUCUCUCCAAUAUCUAUUUGAAUCUUAUUCGUUUGUACCUCUCAUUUUGCUCACCUCAACAAUUUUCUUUCUUCACUAUGUUACAUUAAUUCCUUAAUCUUCUCUUAUUUUUCGUUAAUCUUGUUUUUUUUUCCUUAACCAACUUUAUAAUCUAAUUAAAACCCACAAAUUUGAAAUUCCACACAAAAAAUUUGUGAGAAAUGGGAUGCUGUUUGAGCAAGACUGACCCAUGUUCAAAAUCUAUACCAUCUUCUGUGUCGCAAACCCAACAAAAUGAUCCAAAAAAACUACAAAAGUUGAAUGUUGAAGCUAAAGUGGAGCAGAAGAAGACGCAAAUUGGUGCAUUUGAGACAAAGAAUCCAGAGGAGAGAGAAAAUGGAGAUGGAAAAAUUGAGGUUUUAGCUAAAAAGAAGAAAGAAGUGUUUGUAAUUCAACACAGGAAGAGCAACCGAGAUUCAGACGGGUCAGGGUCGAAUAAUUCAUCGAAUUCGAGUGAGCCGGGUCGCGAGGUGGAAGAAGUAGGAAGGAAUAUAAUGGCAGCAGCUGCAAGUGGACAGGUGGUAAGGACUUCUAGUUGCACAAAGGAAGAAGUUGAUGCAAUUUUGAUUCAGUGUGGUAGGCUUAGUAGGAGUUCAUCUGGGAAAGGGAAUGGGAAUGGAAGAAGGUAUUGUGGGUCAAAGAGAAGUUUUGAUUUUGAUAGAGAGAAUGAGAUUGUUGAUGGGAAUGGGAAUGGUGGAAAUGGGAAUGAUGAAUUGAUUGAGGUGAGUUAUGAGGAGGAUGAGAGGACGAGGAGGCGGCAGUCGAGGGGAUCGAAUAGGAGGAGGACAACGCCAAGUAGGAGUAGAGAGAGGGACCAGCAACAACAAAGGUCAGGAAGUAGAGAGAGAAGUCAAAGUAAUGGAAGAAGGAUUAGUAGAUCUCCUGCUAGAAGGUCAGAGAGUCCAAUCACUCAUAGUACUGGGAAUGGAAAUGGAAAUGGAAAUGGAAAUGUCAGACCUGCUAAAUUGGUGUCUGUACCUGCAACUGUUACUUCACUGUCAGUGGAAAAGACCAACAAUGGGAAUAAUGGGAAUGGGAAUAAUGGGAAUGGGAAUGGAGGAGAUAAUGGGAAUGUGAAGCGGGUUUUGGUGAAGAGGAAUGUGGGAUCACCACGGUCUCAAUCACCUGCUAGGGCUGCCAACCAAGGGAAUGGGAAUGGGAAUGGGAAUGGAGGGGCUCAGCAGCAGGGGUCGCUUAGUAGGAAUGGAUCAAGGAAGGCGGAGCAUUCGCCUUAUCGAAGAACUCCUUUGAACGAGAUUGAUGUAAAUUCGCUUCCAUUUCAUCCUCUUUCUAAUAAGAGGGCAGUGCACAAAGGAAAAGAGACUGAGGAAGAUAAUCUGGUUGUUAAGCAGCCAAUCACUUAUGGAUCUCAGCAGAUUAAGUAUAGUGAGACAAACAAUGGUAAAGCAGCUACUCAGGGGACUCACAGAAGAACUAACAGUAGAGGGGCAGAAGGUUAUGAGAUAACAAAAACAAAUUACUGCAGGGUGAAUGAGCAUCAGCCACAUAAUGUUGAGCAAACAGGUGUGGAUAAGAGAGAACCGUUAGAUGCAAGUGAGUACGAUGCUAUGGUGACUCCGGUUGUUUUCUCGGGCACUGACACCCUGAAUUUGCCUCAAAAGUUGACGAGGAGUAGGUCUGGAAGGCGAUCACGAGACCUAGACAUCAAUGUUGAAGCUCUUCUAACCCCAACUCCCGCUACAAACUAUAACUCGCUGCUCCUGCAAGAUAUUCAGAAUUUCCACCAGAAGAAAAGUUCAAAUGCAAAUGGAAACGGCAGUAGCAGCAAUAAUAGUGUCGGUUCUAACAUUGAUGCAAGCACUCCUUUUACACUCCCACCAUGUGUCAGCAAAGCCUGUUCAAUCCUCGAAGCUGUUGCGGAUCUAAACUCCAUGACAGGCACUGAUGAAGAUAGGCGAAAAAGCCCGAGGGAAACCAACUUGUCUUUUCACAGUGGUAAUAAAAGAGUAGUGGAGUCCAAAGACCCCUUUGUUGAAUCAGAAGUAAAAGUUGGUGAUGAUCUGAUGGAACCCAGUUUACACAAGUAUGUGACAGUAAGAAAGAGGGGUGCAGAGAUGGAUGAUGAAGAGUCUUCUGGUAGCAACAGUUACGUGGGUGGAAUUCAGCAGAAUUGGGUUUCUUCUACAUCUUGGGAGCCAACUUCAGCUGAUUCUACUGAUUGUUGGACUUCAAAGUCUUGCAGUCGAGAUGAAUUAAGUCCUGUCGGCUUUCAAAGACACGCGAUUUCUGACUUUGCUGGUGGUAUUAAUGAGGAUUCUGAAAGGAAAGUGAGCAAAGGAGGAGCUGUUCGUGCUAGAACUGUUGCCAGCAGAGGUCCUAUUUCAACAUCAAAAGCAGCUGCUGCCUCCAUGUAAAUUGUUUAGAACUGUGUUUUGUGUUGUAACUUUUAGUAGGACAAGAUUAUGUUUGUAAAGUAGUUGCAUACUUUGCAACUAUUUUUCUUCUUUCAGCUCUUUUCAAGGUUAUUAUUAUUGUUUCGGAUUUGUCAAAUUCAGAGAAGAUUUUCCUCUACGGUGGUAUGACAAUUUAUCCCUUUCACCAGGCUA